AUGGAUCUCACAUCCAUUGACUUCGAGUGGCUAGCCGACCUCCAGAAAUCACAGUGCUUCACAACCAGUGAGGUCUCCAGCCCGGCCAAGUCCAGCGAUUUCGGGGCCGACGGCCACACGGCCUCGGUGACGGACUGGCACGAGCUCUUGCAGCUCACCGUGCCCGAUGCCACGUGCGGCAUCGUGUUCACGCGAGGCCAGUUUCCCAACACCCCGGACGCCAUCCUGGCCCGGGCCCAGCGGCGCGAUGAUUCCGGCCACAAGGGCACGUUCGGCGCGCGCGUCCAGAGGGCGGAGGGCGCCGCGAACGUGGAGCUGGGAGAGCGGAUGGCGCAGGGCUGGAUCAAUCUCCGAUGGCCGUAUACCCGGUACGAGCUGCGGACGAGGGCGGAUGGGGCAGACGACGGGAGCUCGGGGACGUGUGAGCAGAUGUCCUUUGUGCGGGAUGGCGUCCUGGUGCAGGUGCUCCGGUUGAGGUGGGGGAGUGAGAGCUCACUGAGUGAGUACAAUUCGCUGGACGGACUCGAGAGGAGGACUGCGAGGCUCAAGGCCGGGGGUGUCGUCCAGUUUGGAUGUCCGUGUUCGAAUCGGGGACCCGCUGAUGUUGACACUUUCCAUCUGGACGCCGGGAGGGGGCUGAAUUGUGUCAGCGAGCGAUAUCGCAAGAGGUUGGAAAUGCACCUCUUCAUUGACGGCCUGCCGCAGGAUCUCAGCGCGCCUCUGCAUGGCGUGGGCCACGACGAGGUUGGCGGCUCGGAGGUCAACACCUCGUCGAUCCAUGACAUCGAACUCCGGGACGGAGAGCCUGUCAUUGUAGUCUCCACCUACGCGUUGCGGAAUCUGGAAGACCGGAUUUCCGGACUCGGUAUGGCUACCUUUGCAAGCCUCCAAGACCAUCUGGGAACUUGUAAUAGCUCACCGAACAUGACGGACAGACUAUGGACCGCUCUAUGCUCGAUCAACUAUGAGGCGAGUGAAGCUAUCGAUACUUGCGUCAUCGGGAGAUGCGUCGAGCAGGUCCUGGGAGUAUCUUCUAUACCGUUUGAACCUCGUGCAAAACAGAAAGAAGUGCCCCUUACAUCUCACCCCAAGACGGAAGAGAUCGCUCUCUUGCGCAACAUAAUGACUCCGCAAUACGUCGAUGUACAAAGCAGCUUUUUUCAGAUCCGCCUGCUCGUCAAAGUCCACAACUUUAUGAACAGUCGACAUCUGGAGCCAGAUCUGUUCGAGAGAUUCCAGCCAUUGAGCAACAUGCGGGCAGCGUACCUGGCCAAACUUCGCCGUAUCAUCCAAGCAAGCGUGACAUGGCUGAUCAACACCGACAUGAAACCCCGGAAGCUGCUUCUCGCUUUGAGAAGUGACGAGAUGCCCGCCGAUCUAGAGACCCAGCCCUCGAAGAGGCUCGAGAGGUGCGAGCAGAACAGAGUGCGGAUGCACGUCGACCAGUCGUAUAACCAGGCCUGCUAUGCAACCCUGGCGGUCUGGUAUGUCACGAAGCACUGCCCACAAGCGCUGACGGGAGACUUCACAACCGCCAUCCUCGGUCCAAAGCUGAGAACAGCGUACGAUGCCGUGCAGAAGCGCGCUUCUCGUGACCGGGAUCCCACGCCGAAGAACGACGUUCUGCAAUGGCUGCACCUGAGCUGUCUGUUUCUUAUCUACAGCGGGCAGUUCGGAACCGAUGGCGAUGGCAAUGCCACCAGUGGCUUCGCACGCGCCGGCCUGGACGACGCAGAAGUCAUCAAGACGCAGCAGAAAUUUGAAAAGUACGUGGCUCGACUGAAGACCAGCCCGGCGGAGUGGUAUUCGGUCGAGAACGAGGAGCUGGAUCGCGUGCUCCUGCUGAUGGAGGAGCUGGGACUCGAUGCCAUCCCGACGCCCUUCACUGCCAGUCUCGCCUCGUCGCGCGCUGCGCAGACGCGCAAGCGGAUCACGCAGCGGAAGCGCACCACGCGCUUCAGCCCUGGGCCGAAGGUUUGGAAGGGGCUCAGGGCGACAUCGAACGGCCCUUGGGAGCUGCUGUGUUCCAAUCACCUAGGCUUCCUCCGAGUUACCGACGAGUCGAAUGUCAAGGCGGCGAGAGAGCGCCUGUACCAGUUCCUGAUGGCGGACUACUCGUUCAUGACAUCGUGGGAUCGUGCCGAUAGUAACAUGGUGGGGAGGUGGUGGGAUGUUGAGCCCGCCAGCGUGAUUUGUGCUGCGCUUGUCGAUCUGAAAAUGGAAGGAAAACUCAGGUCUGCGAUAUCCGAAGCAGCCGCAGACGAGCUUGGCCAUUCUAUCCACGACAUGGACGAGUCUCCUAGCAUGCAAAGAAUCAACUCUGAUACCCUGUUGGAAGCCUCCUCUCCGGAGGAAUCGAUAAGAGAUAUUCUCUUGCAGAUGAAGAAGUUGCAAGAGGAUUCCAGUCGCGAGCACCUGCUGCAGAUGAGACAGCUCCUGGUCCAGGAGGACAUCAGCAGCUUCUCCGUGCGAGCUUUUGACUGGGUCGAAUGCAAACCGAGCCAGUUGUAUCACCCUGACUGGUGGGUUCAAUCGCUCCAAGACACACCCGAGAUGUACCAAGCCAAGCAAACCAAAGACGUCCCUCUCCGAAAAGACAUCCGGAGGUACCUCGCGAGCCGCGAGCGGACGGACAUUGUCACGGAUCCCGGCUACACACCCGAAAGCAUGAAGAGCAAGGUACCGGCGACUGACCUGCAGUUCCUAAGCGUCUUCGACUUGCACUUGACCAAGAACUUUACGUUCAAGACGAGGGACUUGACCAUAUGCAGUGCUGCUGCUGUCGCAGACCGGCCCCCUCUGCCUGACAGCGGUAGACAGAACGGUGUCGAGGCGCUGCGGAGUCAGAGGAUUGUGGCUGUCAAGCAAGCUACCGAUUCGUAUAGUUAUGACCAGUUAGAUGCGUACCAGAAGUCUCUGUUCUCGCGACUGAACGAUAGCUUGGUCGACGCGGGGGCUAAGCAUCGCAUACUAUUCGCCGAGAAAUGCUCGCCAGCGCUGGUCGGCUCGUUCAUAUACGUGUGGCAUCCUGAUGCGCUGGAUGCGUUCGAUAGCUAUUUCGGAUCCGUGUCCCGGUUCACGGAAAGUCGAGAGGUCACAAUGUGGACGACGAGCAUCACAAUCUCUCACUGGAGCAUCCGCCCAGUCAGUCUCUCCACAGCACACUUACAGCUUUUCCGAGAGAACCGCAACAGCGGCGACUUCCCCCCCGCCAGCAUCUCCAGGCUCGGGCUCAGCGCUCCACACCGAAAGAACGUAGCUCCCCCACCGGAGCCCGCCGCCAUCGUCGAAGAACGGUGCUCCUCCCUCGUGCUGACCGGCGACCCCGCGGGCCACCUCUGGAUCUGCACCGUCUGGUCGGCGCUCACCGACGCGGACGCCAUCACGCCGCCCAUCCACGCCCUUCCCGGCGUGCUGCAGAGGUUCAUCCACCAGCAGGCGUGCGGGCGCUGUCUCGUCUUCCUGAUCCUGCUCGGUCACCUGUGCGAGAAGCUCGCGGCCGAGUACGAGGAGAUCCUCGCGCGCCUCGACAUCAUCGUCGGCCUGGGCGAGCAGGUCCUGCUGGAGGGCCUGGAAUGGGGCACGAGCGAGGCCGUCGACAAGCUCAAGAAGAUGCUCUGGGGGCUUGAGGCCCUGCGCGUGUUCGAUGACCGGCUGUCGGCGUCGCUCUCUCAGAUCCAGAAGGCGCACGGCGCGAUGGAGAGGACGAUCAAGCAGGAGGCUGGGCAGCAGCAUGUAGCCCUGCUGCAGGAGUAUAAUAAUGUGGUGGAGGAAUUUGAGAAGCGGUUUGGGAUGCUGAGUGAUGUGCAGAUCAGGACGCAGUUGAAGAUCCGACAGGUUACUGGGCUGAGGGAUGGCAUCUCGACCGUCACAAAUGUAGAGGACAGCCAGACGGCACUUCGCGACAGCAAAACCACCAUCAAGCAGGGCAAUAACAUCCGGAUCCUGACGUAUAUCACUAUCGCCUACCUCCCACUGGGAUUCAUCACCGGACUCUUCUCCAUGGAACACGCCACCUUCAUGGACCAGGCAGGCAACAACGGCUUCGCCGUGCUCACCGUCGUCUUCAUCCUGGGCACGUACGCGCUGGCCUUGAGCCUGGAGAGUAUCAUCGAGCAGUGGGCGCGCGUUCGCAAGAGCAUAGCCCGGGGCAGGUCUGAGGGGGUGAAGAGGGGGGAGGAAGCAGUAGGGACGGAUCGCGAGUCCGAGAAGCUCCAGACGGCGCGGUUCCGUGCUUUGGGGGCUCUUUGGGGGCGGGGGAGGGGGAGGAGGAGGAGGCAGGAAUGCAAUGGGGGGAGUGUGGAGAGCGAGGAGAAGAUCGCGAAGGUGGCUUGA